ACUAUGCAAUCAUGAUAGCAAAUCUAAAGGAGGGUAGAGACAUGCUACGGGACUUGUUGUUUUUUGAUAACAGUUAACAAUUAAUAUUACAGGUUUGUUCUAUUUGAGUGUUUGCAUUUUGUAUAUGCAAAAUUGAAGAAUGUUUUGACAGGGAAUAUUAGGACGAAUCGGGCCAGCACUUUCUGGAAAUAAUCAUUUGUGUGACUCGUCGUAUAUGUUUAUUUGCUCCAUACCUGUGUGCACUCAUUGAGAACUCUACUUCCGGGUAGACCAAUGGAAACCGAUGUAAGGAGGAAUCUUAAUGCCAUAGAAAACUAAACCGAAUGUUUCCGUAAUAGCAAAUGCAUGCUUCUGUAUUUUUGGGGCUAUUACUAUUUUUACAAGUAAUAUCAAAAAUAAGAGGAAUUAUCGAUGAACAUGGAUUUUGUCAUCAACAACAAAUAAAAGCAACAUUCUGUGUUGACUGUGGAUCCGGUUUCCCUUUAUCCAUUACCGUUUCAAUAGUGGCAGGUGAAAACGAGCCAAACGGGGACCAGCAGUUAUUUUGUUUGACACCUCAAUGGAUGUGUUCUGGCUCUAUGACAAAAACCUACAAUGCAACAAGUGAUACACUAGAGAUAGGAUUUAUAUUCAACCACACAAUCCAUGCAGGUCGGUACCUUAGGAUGACACGUGUAAGAAACGGCAGUCAAGAAAAUCAACAAAUCCUACUUAAACCUUGCUUUUCAGGAUUUACAACAAACGCAAGCUUCCAUAAUGCGUCUUUGAUUACUGUUAAUUGUCAGCAUUCGUCUUUCAAUUAUUCCAAUUCCUCAAUAAGAAUAAAGAUAGAAGACGAAACAGAAUUUGGCGCUUGCUCAAAAUAUGGCUGCUUCGGAUGCAAAAGGCUCCCAGAUGGCAUACAAUGCAUGGUGCCGUAUAUUCCAGGAAAAGCAAUCCAGUGUCUAUUAGAUGGGGCAGUCUACAAUAUAAGUGCUCCAGUUAUUGCAACAACAACUCUAACCCCAGAAACAACAGAAAUCGAAUUACCAACAACAUCAAAUGAAAAUUCAGAUGUAGGUAGAUUUACGUCAACCGAAAAGUCAACACCGUUGCAAAGUGUUACAACCAUACCAGAAAGCUCAGCGACAUCUAGUAAAAUAAUCACGACAACAGUUGAAAGUUCUACCUUGUCACGUGAACAGAAUGUAACAACACCGUUGACAAAAGGUUCAUCAACCUCUAAUAGUAUUACAUCAACAUAUAACUUGCCAGGAUCCUUAAAUAUAACAACAGAGUAUCCGAAUAGUUUGUCAACAGAACAAGAUAUCGCUACGUUCACAGAAGGUCCAUUAACCUCUCAUAGUAUUACAUCAACAGAUAACUUGACAGGAUUCUUAAACAUGACAACAGAUCCUCCCAAAAGUUUGCCAUCAGAGCAAAGAAUCAUCACGUCUACGGAAGGUUCAAAAACCUCUGUGGAAACCAUUGGAAGCAGAAAAACAGUUAAAGAAGAAACGACAACUGAGAGUUUAGGAACGUCUGUAAAGCCAACAAACGCUUCAUUAAAUGGAGCAAUUACGAUAUUCAAUCAGAACAUAAUCGAUCGAGGAUUCUGCCAUCAACAGGACGUCAACAUUCAGUUGUACAUUAACUGCAGCAUAUCUUUCUCUGCCACCAUUACUGUGGCUAUAGUGACAAGCAAAUAUGAAACCAACCCAAACACCCUCUUGACUUGCAGGAGGUCUAAUGACAGCACGUGGUAUUGUCCCAAAUUUGAUAUCAUGACGGGAAAAUUCAAUUCAUCUAGUGGUAUAUUAGAUAUAAAUUUUCAGUUUAAUCUCACCAUUCAUGCAGGGUACUAUGUCAGGAUGGCAUCUUUUUGUGAUGGAAACCAAGAAUCGAAGCAUAUUCAUCUUAUACCAUGUUUUUCAGGAUUUACAGUUAAUGCUACCUUCUACAAUGCCACUUCACUCGUCAUCAAUUGUCAGCAUACGUCAUUCAACGACUCAAGCUCUCCGAUCAGAAUCAAAUUAAAUGGAGGGAACGACAUUGGGGCAUGUUUCAAAACCAGCUGUAAUAGUUGCAAAAGAUUACGAGAUGGUAUACAAUGUUAUGUUUUGUAUGCCCCUGAGAGUAUAUAUCAGUGUGUGUUGGACGGUGCAAUCUAUAACAUAAGUCUACCAACAACGCAGCCAGGAAUUCAAACAACAACGCCACAAAACGUGUCUGCUUCACAAACUGUAACAACGGCAUCAGAAAACACAACAGUGUCAGAAAAAAGCGUAUUGACUUCAACAGAUAGCUCAUCAACAACGUUACAAAGAAUUAGUACGUCAAGUGAGGGAUCGACAACACCCAACUCAUUUACAAAAACAUCAUCGGAAGGCACAACCGUAGAAACGUUUGAUUCGACGUUAACAGAUAAUAGCCAAGCUGCGUUUUCCAAAGACCAUUUAACAACAGAGAACACAACAUCAAGGCCUGGAGAGAUUUCUACGUCACAGAACGACAUAGAAAGCUCAUCAACGUCACGAGAAAACGUUGAUAGUACAGCCAGUGCGCCACAUUUUGAAUCAACGUCAAUACAAUCAACGGAAAUUAUAACAACAGCUCCAAGAGAUGGCGCAACAAUCACGAUAAUUAACAAAGAUGAAAUCGAUGAAGGAUAUUGUCAUCUAAACGACGUAAAGAUACAGUUAUGUCUUGGAUGCAAAUCAGAUGCUUGUGCAUUGGUUCAAUUGUCUAUAGUAGCAAGUGUAGAUGACACUUACGCGAAUGACCUUUUGACUUGCUCGAGGUUCAGUGACGUUAUGUGGAAUUGCUACGAUGAUGGUAUUGUGACAGGAACAUACAACGUAUCUAGUGAUGUUUUGGAUAUUAGGUUUAAUUUCAACUACACCAAAUACGCUGGACGUUUUUUGCGGAUAAAAUUAUUUUGUGAUGACGAGCUAGAAAUAAUACAUCAACUUCUCAAGGCAUGUUUUUCAGGAUUCACAGUAAACACGACCUUUCAUAAUGAAUCUCUCAUCAGCGCUAGAUGUCAGCAUUUAUCAUUCAAUUACUCCAGUUCAACAAUACGAAUAAAAGUAAAAGGGGGAAACGACUACGGCGCAUGCUCAAGAUACAGCUGUAACGGCUGCACAAGGUUACCAAAUGGAAUUGAGUGCAGUAUACCGUACACUCCUGGUGAAGAACUGCAGUGCAUAUUAGAUGGCGCGAUUUAUGAUAUCCCUGUACAAAAUAUGACGCCACCUGGAAUCACAACAACACUGCUGCAAAUUUUAACAACAACACAACAUAUCAAAACCACACCACCGAUAAGGUCAACAACGUUCGCUAGUAAUUCAACAGCAAGUUUGACACCGACUAAAAGUACACCAAUAACCUCCCCCGAAAGCUCCGAAACUUCACAAAAUAUCACAUCAACACAUCAUAUCAACACCACACCACGGAUAUCUUCAACAACGCCCACAAGUAACUCAAAAGAAAGCUUAACAACGACUAACAGUACACUAAUAACCUCCCCCGAAAGCUCAGAAACCUCACAAAAUACCCCUUUAACGUCAGUUGAUAACCUAACAUCAAUGAAAAGUAUCCCGACGUCAGCCUCUCAAACUAGCACAACAACGAAAACAACAGGUAAUUCAACAACUGAACAAGACGGAUCAACAACAGUGACAAAUUUACCGACAAAAUCCCAAGAAAGCAAAGCAACAACGACAAAUGUCCCGACCACAUUAUUAGAAAUAAUAACAACAUUACAAUCCUCGACAACGUCACAAGAUAACAUAACAACAGCAACAAAAUCACCGACAACGUCUCAUGGUAUCAUCACAACAACAACACAGUCCCCGACAACGUCACAAGAUAUCACAGCAACAACACAGUCCCCGACAACGUCACAAGAUAUCACAACAACAAUAACACAGUCCCCGACAACAUCACAAGACAUCAUAACAACAACACAGUCCCCGACAACAUUACAAGAUAUCACAAAAACAACACAGUCCCUGACAACGUCACAUGAUAUCACAGCAACAACACAGUCACAGACAACGUCACAAGAUAUCACAGCAACAACACAGUCCCCGACAACGUCACAAGAUAUCACAACAACAACAACACAGUUCCCGACAACGUCACAAGAUAUCAUAACAACACCAACACAGUCCCCGACAACGUCACAAAGUAUCAUAACAACAACACAUUCCUCGACAACGUCACAAAGUAUCGCAACAACUACACAGUCCCUGAAAACGGCACAAGAUAUCACAACAACACAGUCACCGACAACGUCACAAGAUAUCAUAACAACAACACAGUCCCCGACAACGUCAAAAGAUAUCACAGCAACAACACAAUCCCUGACGUCACAAGAUAUCACAACAACACAGUUACCGACAACGUCACAAGAUAUCAUAACAACAACAGCACAGUCCCCGACAACGUCACAAGAUAUCAUAGCACCACCACCAACAACAACAACAACAACAACACAGUCCCCGAAAACGUCACAAGAUAUCACAACAACAACAACACAGUCCCCGACAACGUCACAAGAUAUCAUAACAACACCAACACAGUCCCUGACAACGUCACAUUAUAUCGUAACAACAAAAACACAGUCACCGACAACGUCACAAGAUAUCACAACACCAACACAGUCACCGACAACGUCACAAGAUAUCACAACAAUUACACAGUUACCGACAACGUCACAAGAUAUCACAGCAACAACACAGUCCCCGACAACGUCACAAGAUAUCAAAACAACAACAACCCAGUCACCAUCAACGUCACAAGAUAUCACAACAACAAUAACACAGUCUCCGACAACAUCACAAGAUAUCACAACAACAAAAACAAAGUCACCGACGACGUCAAAAGUUAUCACAACAACACUACAGUCACCGACAACGUCACAAGAUAUCACAACAACAAUACAGUCACCGACAACAUCACAAGAUAUCAUAACAACAACAACAACAACACAGUCACCGACAACGUCACAAGAUAUCACAGCAACAACACAGUCCCCGACAAUGUCACAAGAUAUCAAAACAACAACAACACAGUCCCUGACAACGUCACAUGAUAUCACAGCAACAACACAGUCCCCGACAACCUUACAAGAUAUCAUAACAACAACAACAGCAACAACACAGUCCCUGACAGCGUCACAAAAUAUCAUAAAAACAACACAAUCCCCAACACCGUCACAAGAUAUCACAACAACAACAACACAAUCCCCAACAACGUCACAAGAUAUCACAACAACAACAACACAGUCCCCGACAACGUCAGAAGAUAUCAUAACAACAACACAGUUCCCGACAACGUCACAAGAUAUCAUAACAACAAAGAAAAGUAACCCAACGACCUCCCAAGAAAUCAUAACAACGACAAAUAUGCAUGUAACAUCCCAGAGAGGCACGACAACAAUCAUCCAAACAACCCUUGUCAAAAUUUCAACAACAAAAAGUAAUCCAACAACACAUAGUAUUGCCACGUCGACCACGUCGACCAGAGAAAGCUUUGAAACACCACACGGAAACAUUAAAAGCACAACUCCAGCGGAGGAAACCUACAGCAGCAACGGGAUGAAUGUUGUUCAAAGAACUUUAAUCAACGCAGCUGUGCUCCUGAUCGUCGCCGCGCAUUGGCUCAAGUACAUGUAAAAUAUUAUCUAAAAUAUUUGUUUGAAAAUGGCUUCAAUGGUUAAAUUCAAUUAUCGUCGUUGCAUUUUGCGAAAAAGUAAAUAUGGAUAUACUGUUCAUUUCUUCAUGUGUAAGUUUAAUGUAUAUGUUUUUAGUAUUAUUUCAUUUUAUAAUAAAUCUACUGUUGAACUUUUAUAUCAUCUAUAAAUCCCUCAAAGUCGGUUAAUCGUGUAACUUUAUAAUAGUAUAUAUCAUAUAUACAUGCUUGAUCGUGAAUUUUCAAUAUUAACAAGCUAUACAUAAGAAGGGGUACAUAUGAUUUUUGUCUAACAAACGAAUUGCAUUGUAUGAUGGAAGGUUUCCAUUAGCACAUUUUAUAGAUAUGUGAAAACGCAAUCAAUUUUUGUUGGGAAAGACGUUUAUAAAAAGAAUAUCAAUCUAGAGAAACAAAUGUUUAUUAAUUGUUAUACUAUAAACACAGUAUGUGUAUUAACAAUUGUUUUCAUUGUUAGUCUAGUUACAAACCACACAACAACUCCCGAGUGAGGAUUGUUAAAUGUCUCUUGCAUACAUUUGACACCAUCUUAAAAGUAUUUUCCUUUUUUGCUAUGUUUCACUGUUUGUUUUUGUUUUCUCUUGUUUUUUUUUUUUUUCUGGUUUAUUGUUUUAUCAAAGAGAAUUUAUAUCCUGUAUGAAGAUAUAUAUUUGUUUUACUCAGUAGGAAAAUGGAGUAAUCAAUUUAAGAGAGAGAGAGAGAGAGAGAGAGAGAGAGAGAGAGACAGACAGAGAGAGAGAGAGAGCGAGAUCCGACGUAUUCAGUAAGAAUUCAUACUAUACUGUUAUGUUACCGAAGUGGAAUGUCUUGAUAUGCUAUUGAUAUUAUACAUAUUCCAUUAAAUAUAAAUUUGUAUUUUUUGAUUGUUUUUUACUAAUAUUUACCUGAUCAAUUUUUUUUUACUAGUAUGUGUACAUUAGGGCGA